AAAUCCUUCGCUUAGCGUCUCCACCCGCUUAGAAGCGAUUCCUUCAGAUUUCAGAUGUUGAGUGACAUCUUCACCUUACGAAAACUGAAUCCCUUUAAGUAGAAAGCUAGCCCUUUAAUCCAGCUGUUUUAUUCGAAGGACCGCGCGUACGUCCUUGUAAUACAAAGAAUUACAGGCAAAAAUCGACGAAACUUCGCCUUUUGCGAAGUAGCUGGGAGAAAACGCAAAACCUCGAGCGCUAUUCGCAAAGCACGUGAUACAACUCCCGAUCAGAUCUUUCCACGAGCCACGUGUUGCAUUUUCCCAGGGGUUGCGUCUUUCGGGGAGUUUUAACUUUGCAGAGUGCAAGACUUUCCCACUCCCGACUUCCCCAGAGGAAAACGCGCACUCCUUGCAAGAGCCCUCCGCCACUGUCCUUCGCUAACCUUCCCUCCCCAGAAAAAAACGCAGGGGGCUUUGGGCUCCGCAGGCGGGACGCUCAAUCCCGGCAGCCAAGCCUUUUGAUGAUUCAAAUUCAGCAGCCUCCGCCUCUUGCUCCUGCCCCGCCUUUGCCUGGACUGGGACCGGUAGGGAGCAACCUCAGCCUUCCUUCCCCGGUUGUUGUUAGAGGACAUUUCCUUCGGCUUUCCCAGGACCACCACGAAACUCCGAUUCUAGCUUUAUCUGCUUUCUAUAUCUAUCUAUAUGCGGCGGGCUAAUGGCUUUACCGCCCAUCACAAUGGGGAAGAUAACUCUUUGGACAAAGAAGUUGAAUCUUUUCUGAGUGACCAACAACAAUUCUCUUGCAUCAGUGACCUUACCAAAGUGAAUCCUGUAACCACCACAACGGUUCUGAGGUGUCUGCAAGCAAGAUAUGCAAUCAGUGUGUUUUAUACCAAAGCGGGGUGCAGCCUUGUGGCCAUCAACCCCUUCCGUCCGGUUCAGUCUCUCUACUCGCAAGAGCUCAUGAACGAAUACCACACUGUUGACCAUCUUCAGGAAUUAAAACCUCACAUUUUCACAGUAGCAGAAGAAAGCUACCGAAAUGUCCAGAGCCAGAUUCCAUUAGUUAAUCAGUCCAUAAUUGUUAGCGGGGAAAGUGGUGCUGGGAAGACAUGGACCUCUCGCUGCCUGAUGAAGUUUUAUGCAACUGUUGCAGCUUCAUCUGACAUUCCGGAAGGCAGUAUAAUGGUGGAAAGGAUAGAGCAACGAGUAUUGGAUUCCAAUCCUGUCAUGGAAGCUUUUGGAAACGCAUGCACCCUUCGGAAUAACAACAGCAGCCGCUUUGGGAAAUACAUCCAACUUCACUUAAACAGAUCUCAGCUUUUAACAAGUGCUUCCAUUCAGACUUUUCUUCUGGAGAAAACAAGAGUUGCUUAUCAAGCCCCUCAGGAAAGGAAUUUCCAUAUUUUUUACCAGAUUGCAAAGGGAGCCACCCUGGAUGAGCGCCAAGAAUGGGAUCUUCUGGAGAGCGCACAUUUCUGUUGGCUUCCAAAUUCUGAAAAGACUCUAGAAGAAGACUGUUUUGAUGUGACUCGGGAGGCCAUGACCCACUUGGGUAUCGACAGUUUCACCCAGAGGAAUGUUUUUAAGAUACUAGCUGGUCUUCUCCAUUUGGGCAAUAUUCAGUUCUGUGAGUCAGAAGAUGAGGCACAACUUUGUGAGUUAGAAAACCUGGCCAAAGGCUUCGCAGAGACUGCUUCCCGGCUUUUAAGAGUACCUGGGGAGCAGUUGUUGGACACACUCAGGAUCCGGACGAUAACCGCUGGGAGACAACGGCAGGUGUUCAGGAAGCCUUGUCUCAAGGCAGAGUGUGAUACAAGGAGGGACUGUCUGGCCAAGGUGAUUUAUGCCAGGAUCUUUGACUGGCUGGUGUCUGUGAUCAACGAAAGCAUCUGUGCCUCAAAUUCCGUGUGGAACAACUUCAUAGGUCUACUUGAUGUUUACGGUUUUGAAUCUUUUGUGGAAAACCAUUUGGAACAGCUCUGCAUCAACUAUGCCAAUGAGAAACUGCAGCAGCAUUUUGUCGGCCAUUUUCUAAAGGCUCAACAGGAAGAAUAUGCUGAAGAAGGUCUUGAAUGGUCCUUUGUAAACUACCAAGAUAAUCAAACCUGUCUGGAUGCCAUUGAGGGGAAUCCUGUUAGCAUCUUCUCCUUGCUCAAUGAGGCCUGUCGCCUUAACUGGACUUCCAAUGCUGCACAGUUUCAAAGUCGGAUUGAGAUUGCUCUGUCCAAGAACAGGAGUGUAAGCCGAGACAAAUUUAGGAAGGAGCCAAACUUCAUCGUAUCCCAUUAUGCUGGUAGUGUCUGCUAUCGAAUUGAGAGUAUGGUGGAAAAAAAUAAGGAUCCCAUUCCCCCAGAGUUGGUCCUAUUGCUGCAACAGUCCCAGGAUGCCUUGCUUCAGAAAUUAUUUCCUGUAGAAGAGACAAACACCAAACCUGACGAAAAUCAUACAAAGACUCAAGCAAAACCUGCACUUGUCACAGUCGUCUCAAAAUUUAAGGGUUCCCUCGAGCAGCUGAUGGAGAUCCUGCACAGUACCACCCCACACUACAUCCGGUGCAUUAAGCCCAACGCAGACUGCAAGGCGGACCUUUUCAGAAAAGAGGAGGUUCUGCAUCAGUUGGAGGCAUGCGGCAUUGUAGAAACUGUCAACAUCAGUGCAGCUGGCUUUCCAGUUAGGAUUUCAUUCAGAAACUUUUUAGAACGUUAUGGGCUGCUGAAGAAAUUAAAGAAACUGAAUCCGAAAGCAACAUCCAGCCAAGGAAAUGAUUUUUCCCCUGAUGCAGAGAAUGGCAAAUCAGUGACUACUCCUAUAGAAGAAGAAUGUGACACUUUGCAGUCUGAGGUCCAAGAUAUCCUUCGGCAAGUGAAACCCAUUCAUUCAUCUGUCAAACCUAGAGAAACAAAAUCACCCAACCUACCCAUGUUUUGCGGCAAGACCAAAGUAUUUUUGACCAACUCCAUGUUGGAGCUUCUCGAAUUCCAAAGGGCUUCUCUCUUAUCUGAGAAAGCAUUCUGCAUCCAGUGCUGUUGGAGAAGGUUCAGGAGGAAGAAAAUUGCCAGGCAGAGAUGGUCUGCAACCAUCAUCCAGUCAGCUGUUCGCCAGUGGCUAGCUAGGAAACAUUUCCAGAGGUUACGUAAAGCUGUUAGGAUUAUAAAACAGACCUGGAAGAAAUGGAAGACCAAGAUGGCUGUGAUAGCUGCCGAAGAACUGGAUGGCAUGGAAGAAGAUCCCCUUCCCUCUGUCCUUGGGAUAGCUGCUCCCUCAGGCCAGGCUACGAGAAAACUGGACAGAUCCUGGCCUCUGAAUUCCGUCAUCCGUUUCUGGCCUCUCAGCCUUGUUCUGUCAAGCACCCCGACAACGCUGGAGGGUCUCCAGAGAAACGUUGCUCUGCUAACUUGCCUCCAAGUCUUACAGAAGAUGAACUGGACCAAGGCAGAGACCAGGUUCACUAUACAAGGUGUCAACUCCAUCCGAGCUCCCCCACAAGGCUCCAUCAAGAUCUACUGCAGAAAGUCUCCGUUGCUUUAUGCCAACACCAGGCCAUACAGCCACAUAGUGACCGGGUUCAACCAGAUUCUCCUUGAUAAAUGCACAAUACCUUGAGUCUGGAAGGGUCCUUCUGGGCCCUUGAUUAGUCCUGUAUUUAUUGCUCUUCUUAGGAUGCUUCCUGGAGGACCGGAGAACUUAAGCACUUCUUCCCCAUACAGAGCUUGUCUAAAAUACUGUUUUUCAACCUUGGCCCUUUAAGAUAGGUGGACCAACUCCCAGAAUUCCCUGGCUGGGGAAUUCUGGGAGCUGAAGUCCACCCAUCUUAAAGGGGCCACAGUUGAGAAGCACUAGUCCAGAUGCAGAGGCCCACUCAUUCAAUCCAUCAAUUGUAUUCCUCCCCACCCCCACUUGGGAUGGUUGUAUGCAUAUAACAGAAACAAGCUACCUCCAAUGCUUUAUUUGGCCUGAUAGCAGCCGGUAAUCUAGUGUAGUGAAAGGAUCCCAUCUCCCUGAUCGUCUGAUCCUUUAUUUUCAGAAUCAGGAAGCAAAUCUUAACAAGUCUUGUGCACGCCUUGAAAAUGAUUGGGAAGUGCUCAAAGCACCACUUUACUGCUAUUCAGUAAAACAGCCUACCUUUUUCCAUGUUUCCACACAAGUUUUUAAAUAAUGAUACCGGUACUUCAAGGAAUCCAGUGGCUUUAUGUAGAACUUUAAAGCAACAGCAUUUUUAUGUUAUGUUUCUAUAGAAUCCUCAAUCUUAAAAGACUUAAUGAAUUGCAAAGAGGUGCUAUUUUUAGAUCAGUAUAGGCACAAAAUUGUUCUUCCAAAUCAUUUUUGAAGCAUGUAACAGCUCUAAAUCUUAUUAAAACCAGGAGCCAGUAGAAUUUCAAUCCUGCUAGUUUUGAGGGUGCUAUAUUUUUUUAAAAAAAUGUCUAUAUAGCAAUGUUUAUUUCAAAAGGGCGCUGUAGGUUUGAUAUACCACAGGAUAGAAAUCUUCAGGAGUUUUUUAAUGGCCACACCAUUAAAUCACGAAAGACACUAUUUUAAUGUAGUGAGAACUUUAUAUAUUUUUU